GCCAUUGAGAAACCGGCUGGUCAUCAGGCUCCGGAGAAAGUCGGGGAGUCAGACAGAACGCGGCGGGCUGAGAUGAUGCUGGGCCGGACAUCCCGGUUACUCUUGGUCCUACUGUUUGUAGCUUAUGUCACUCCUUCAGGCAAUGGCAACGAAGGCAGCAAGGUUGGGAGGUGUCCCUGCGAUCGUACAGUCUCUUCCCAUUCCCCCCCGAACGAGGAUUUCAUGAGACAUCUCCGAAAAUACCUGAAAGCAUAUCAGCGCUGUUUUUCCUACGUCAGGUUCCAGCUACCCCUCAGAAAUGUAUGUGGAGGCAGCACUGACGGCUGGGUUCAGGAGCUGAUGCACUGCUUUGACAGUGGAGAAUGUGGACAUGCUCAACCUAGGGUGGUGGAUGCACCUCUUCGCAGAACCCAGCUUCCUGAGCCCACAGAAGCGGCACCUUCAGACACAGCCACCACUUCCCAGACGUACCUGCCAUCCACCUUGCAGCGUACCCAGCAACCCACCCCUCUGGAAGGAGCACUAUCCUUGGACAGCAAGCUCAUCCCCACCCAUGAAACUACCACUUACACUUCGGGCCAUAGUCUGGGGGCAGAGCUUGAGGCUAAGGAAAACCAGAAGCAGCUGAAAGAAAACGGGGGUCCUCAGGCUGGGACAUCAGCCACGGUGCCUGUGCUGUCCCUCUUGGCCAUCGUUUUCAUCCUCGCUGGAGUCCUACUCUACGUGGUGUGCAAGCGGAGGAAGAAUCAGCUCCUACAGCAUCCCCCAGAUCUUGCAGCUUCAUUAUAUACCUGCGGCAGACGAACCAGUGCAGAGAAUGGAAUCUCGUGAGGGCAGAUUGUGAUUUAUUCAGCAUCAAUUAAUAUACUAGAACAAUUUUUGGUAGACACUCUACUUAUUGGUCAGUGUUUAAUUCACAACUAACCAGCUAUUGACCUCCCUUAGACUUUUCUUCUGUUCUUUUGGAUUUUUUCUAUACUGUGAUAUAAAAUUGCUGUUUAUUUUA